AAUGUUAGUUGAUUUGGAAGGCUUUAUUAAAAAAUGCAAAGGUACCGAGUCUUGUAAAAUGCUUUACGCAUUUAUUUAUAGGAUAAUGAAAAUAUUGGAUUCACGCAAAACAAACAAAAAAUUCUAGAGUGAUACUUUUAUUGAAGGAAGAAAAUGGAGGAAGAGAAGGUAGAAACCUUGUGGAAGAGCCUGGUGAAAAUAUAUAAAGUACCACCCAAACUGGUUUUCUCGAUAAUCGGGGAUUCUGAAACUUUUGUUCCCAAGGUUUGGCCUAGACCAAUUUUCCAAACCGCUCUCAUGGAAGCUGCAAAACAAAGCGAUGGAGACACAUGGGUUCUCUUUCAAGGACAAGGGAAUGGUAUAUCAUCGCUAAUCUGGGAAGCCUUUGAUAAUUACACAUAUCUUGAAAAGCAGAAUCUUAGUGUGAAUGAGGAAAUAAAAAUAGAAUGUUUCCCUGUAAAAGCAAUUACAUUGAAGUUUGGAACCAGUGCUAAAAAGGUGAUGAAAUUGGAAGACCAUAUCGCAUGUACUAUUUCAGAGACCAAAGACCAUUUCAGGGAUGCCCGUUUAAAAUUUGAAUGCUUUAUCAAAAAACAGACAGUUUCAUUCAUGAAAGAGAAGGUACCCCCAAAGAGAAAAACGGAUCUCGAAUUAGAACUACCUGUUCCAGUUGUGCGAGUUUUAGUGGAAGGAGAUUUAAACAGUAUCGUUGAGAUAGUAGAGUCUGUAAAACAAAAUAUACCUGUAGUAAUAGUGAAGGGUUCUGGAAAAGCAGCAAAUCUUAUCCUUAAUUAUAUAGAAAAGCAACAGUCCCUCAAAAGUGAUGCCGCGCUUUUGUUUGGAAUCCGAUUUCAAAGCAAAACCUUCGAAAAAUUGAAAGAAGGCCUUGAUGAGCUCAGAACCUUUGAACAUCUUAUAAACGUCUUUGAUGUGGAAAAAAAUAAUGCAAUUUAUUUUCUCCAAGUCACAGGCGAAGCCAUUGUGCGUGCAUGGGCAUAUGCGUACUUCAAGAAUAAAGAAAAGAGCGAUUCAGAAGGAACGGAUAAGCCUGUUGCAUUUUUCUCUCAACACGUUAAGAAAAAGCAAUAUCAAAGAACUCUUGUAAGAGAUGAGAAAGAUAUGCAGUUUGAUGUGAUGCCUGCUUCGUUACCGUUAUUCUUUUAUUUUGGAUAUCAAGUUUUGCAGGAAAAGGGCAAACUCAUUGAUUGCGGAUAUGUAAAUAUAUUGAAAACGGUUCAAUGUUAUAACAUAAAAAAAAUCAUCAGUCGUACUUCAACGUCCCUUUCAUUUACCAACAGAGAUCGUAAAGAUUUAUAUCCUUUACUUAUAAAAAAGAAACACAAUUGGAGUUCCAGGCCUCCUUUUAUUGAUAUGCUACAGAGCAUCAAAUUAAAUGAAGUUUUCCACCAUUAG